UUAGCCAAUUAGGUCUUAAGAUGGCCUUUUUAAAGCUCUUUGAACCUUUUGGAGAAGAUGUAAGGGUACAAAGUUUUUAGGAAGUUCAAGUCUUUUCAAAAUAUUUUUAAAAGUCCCUUUUGGGGGAGUCUACAUUUCUCGCCUUCACAUAGGACACUAUGUCUCCUAAAAUUGUACUGAUAACAGGUUGUUCAUCUGGCAUUGGACUGGCUUUGGCUGCUAAACUAGCAAAAGAUAAGCAGAGGAGGUUCAAAGUGAUUGCUACAAUGAGGAACAUUACCAAGAAAGAAAAGCUGGAAGCAGCCGUAGGGACAGCACUCAACCAGACUCUAGAGGUCAAACAGCUGGAUGUCUGUGAUGAUAAAUCCAUCCACAACUGCAUUAACAGCAUUCCUCAGAGACAUAUUGAUAUCCUCAUCAACAAUGCUGGGCUGGGCUCCAUUGGUCCUAUUGAGUGUCAAUCAAUUGAAGAGAUGAAGGCUAUAAUGGAAACCAACUUCUUUGGUGUAGUAAGGAUGAUUAAAGAGGUUUUGCCAGACAUGAAGAAAAGGAGGAGCGGGCAUAUUGUGGUCAUCAGUAGUGUCCUGGGUUUGCAAGGCAUCAUUUUCAACGACAUCUACGCUGCAUCCAAAUUUGCCAUUGAAGGCUUCUGCGAAAGCCUUAUUAUCCAAGCACUUAGAUUUAAUAUCUUCGUCAGCUUGAUAGAGCCUGGUCCAGUGGUGACUGAGUUUGAGAUGAAAAUCUAUGAAGAUGCAGAGAAAGCUGACUAUUCCCAGACAGAUCCUGAGACAGCUGAGAUAUUUUCUCAGAUCUACCUGAAAAAUUCCAAAGCUAUCUUCUCCAGCCUGAGUCAAACACCUGAAGAUAUAGCGGAGCAUGUCCUAAAGGUCAUUUGUAUGACCAGGCCAUCCUUCCGUCACCAAACUAAUGCUAUGUAUACCCCCAUGAUGGCUCUCAAGCAAGCUGAUCCAACUGGGGCCCUGAUGACUGACUCACUCUAUAAAUUGGUCUUCAGACAUGGCAACCUUUUGCGCAUUACCCUAAGGGCUAUCCAGCUCCUCCGCUGGCAAGCACGCAAAGUGAAGCAAGGUGUCCGAUUGCUGGGCUUCAGAUAAAGUCCUUUGUGAUGGUAUCCCAAACUGCACAGUCAGCAUGACGAUUAGGGUUAGUUGCGUGGAAACUCUUCAAGCAAUUGCUUAGUGUAUUAGCUUUAGACUAUUGAACUUAUACUUUAUGU